UUUUCUUUUACUUGGAGGCUAACUCCUAAACUCAUUGUGUGGAGUAAGUAGUAAUUAAUUUGAAUAGGAAUUUUCCCUGCUUGUGGCAGACUUGUCAAUUAGAUAGUAACAUUUUCUUUCCUUUUGGUAAGUCUUCCAUUUCACACACAAAAAAAAAAAUAAAUAAAUAAAUAAAUAAAUCGGAACGUGCUGUAUCAGAGGUUCAAUAAUGGCUAUUACUAACAAACUUAUAAUAAAAUAAAGUAAGAUAAUAAGCAAAAUCUUCUAUAUCUGAAAUAAUCGAUGAGAUUGAGUCAUCGUGCUAGCUACUAAUAUUUAAAAAAAAUACAGAAAAUAUAUAUUAUGUAGCGGCAUGACCGGACGUGUAUCUUAACCUCUACGCAAAAUAAUAAUAAUAAUAACAUUAAUGAAGAUUAUCUAUAAGUAUAGAGACACAUAUAGGAAUGAAAGAAGCAUAACAUAUUGGAGUGUGGAAGAUAGGUGUGGCUGUAGCAAUGGGGAAGGAGGUAGCCAUUAUUGGAGCAGGAGUAAGUGGCCUCUUGGCUUGCAAAUAUGUUCUCUCAAAGGGAUUCCAGCCCAUUGUUUUCGAGUCACGUAGUGGAGUGGGUGGGUUGUGGACCAAAACCAUAGAGACAACUAAGCUCCAAACUCCAAAGCCAUUAUACCAAUUCUCGGAUUUCCCAUGGGGUUCGUCUGUGGAGGAGAUGUUCCCUGACCAACAUCAAGUCUUGGACUACAUCGAAUCGUAUGCACACCAUUUCGACCUGGUGAAACACAUCAAGUUCAACUCAGUGGUUCGUUCGCUUGAAUAUGAUGCUUCCGACCAAGAUAUGCAACAUUGGGCUCUUUGGGGUGGCGAUGGAGAGGCCUGUGGCUCUCGAGGGAAGUGGAAUCUCGUUGUUCAACAAAAUACCGAGGCCGAUGAUCAGGUUUACAGAGUCGACUUUGUGAUCCUUUGCAUUGGACGAUUCAGCAAUGUGCCUAACAUUCCAGAAUUCCCACCAGAUCAUGGGCCCAAUGUGUUUCAUGGCCAAGUCAUUCACUCCAAAGACUAUGCCGCCAUGGAUUCCAAAGCUGCUGCUGAAUUUGUCAAAGAUAAGCAAGUUACUAUCGUUGGCUUUCAGAAAUCUGCACUAGACAUUGCUAUGGAAUGUUCCACUGUAAAUGGUGUGGAAAAUCCAUGCACUGUGCUAUACAGAACAGAACACUGGAAUAUUCCAGAUUACACUCCAUGGGGUUUCCCGUUAGCUAAUUUAUACCUUAAUCGCUUCUCUGAAUUACUUGUUCAUAAGCCUGGUGAAGGUUGUAUACUGGGUCUCUUAGCUACUUUACUUUCUCCUGUGAAAGAGGCAUUCUCAAAAUUUGUGGAGAGUGGCAUAAAGCAUAAGCUUCCAUUGGAGAAGCAUGGAAUGGUACCCAGGAAUAGCUUUCAUCAGCAAAUUAAUACUUGUUUAGUGGCAACAGUGCCUGAAAAGUUUUAUGAUAGAGUUGAAGAAGGGAGUAUUAUUUUGAAGAAAGCAUCAACAUUUGGUUUCUGCAAAGAAGGUGUUUUGGUAGACGGUGAAACCAACCCAAGAAACACCGAUGUGGUCAUAUUGGCCACUGGAUAUAAGGGUGACCAAAGCCUCAAACACAUUUUUACAUCCCCAGCCUUUCAGGGCUACAUUGUUGGUGACCCUAAUGCUUCGUUACCCCUAUAUAGGGAAUGUGUUCAUCCAAAAAUUCCACAGCUGGCGGUGAUUGGAUUCUCAGAAAGUGUGUCAAACUUGUACACCUCAGAGAUGAGAUGUCGAUGGGUAUCGGAGCUCAUUGACGGAACUUUUAAGCUACCUAGCAUCAAAGAAAUGGAAGAAGAUGUUGGUAAAUGGGAUGAGUACAAGAGACGUUACUCUGGUCAGUACUACAGGAGAUCAUGCAUAGGUGCCAUUCAUGUAUGGUACAAUGACCAGUUGUGCAAGGACAUGGGUUGGAACCCCAAAAGAAAGAAGGGCUUUUUUGCUGAAUUAUUUGAGCCUUAUGGACCAAUGGAUUAUGUUUCACCCUAGCUAAACUCUUGUCAUUUAUUUUAUGUUGUUCCAACUUCUUUUACAGAAUAUCACCAUGUUUUUCUUUUCUUUUUACUAUAUGAAUUUUUCUUUUGUAACUACCUACAAGUAUGAUUGAACUCUAAUUAUAAUAAUACAGUAAUUGAUAAUAUUACUGACAAUGAAACUUUGUUAUUAUGUUGGGUUUGAAUAAAUUUAAGCAAUUUAGAUUUUACUGACAAGAGAACACCCACUUUCUAGGUUGUUCUUAUUGAAUAAAAUAAGAAUAUUUUACUUACCUUGCAUAAUUUUUGAGA